CAGAUCGGAACAGUUACGGUUGGAAUCACUGUGAUCGGGGACUCCCUCCCUCUCCAACGGCAGCACGCGUGCUCUGUCGGAGUCUGUCCGUUGCCCAGCUGCACGGAAAGCGUUGGAGCUCCAGGGUGGCGCGACGUCAUGCCUGUUCCGGCCACAGACAACGCUACUCAUGCUAGAUUUCCACAGAGACGAACGCAUUUGAAUCGAGACCAAUUACACGCCCGGUCCUUCGUUCUGCUGGCCAGACCGAACUUCUGGAAUCUCGCAUCAUGGCGGAUGGUACAACGGUCGGCAAGCAUCAAUUAGAACGGGCGCUUUACGACGAGAAGAAAGAUGUGCAGUCUGGUCGUCUCAAAGAGGACAAUCCACUCGAUACCAGCGAAGCUUUCCACAAAUUUUGUGAGGCGUGCCGUCGCGGCGACCUGAAGACAUGUCAGGAGCAAAUAAGUACUGGAAUCAACAUCAAUGCUCGAGACGAGUAUGAUUAUACACCUUUGAUCUUGGCUUCCUUAUGUGGUCACUACGAGGUCACGGAGAUGCUCCUGGAGCAAGGCGCCCUCUGCGAACGCGAUACCUUCCAGGGAGAGCGAUGCCUCUAUAACGCACUUAACGAUCGGAUCCGUAACUUGCUCUUGUCUUACGACUACAGCAAAUCGACUGAUCCGCUGCAGCCGCUGGCAGCACAUAUUACCGGUCUCCUUACCCGCGACACGCCGCAGACUUCCGACAUUGUGAUACAAGCUGGCGAAUCGACUGUCGAGCUGCAUAAAUUCCUUCUCAGUGCGCGAAGCCCCUACUUUGCGAAGAAGUUGGCGGCAGCGCCAGAGACCACAUUGUGGAAGCUUGCCAGUAGCGUUCCGGUUCAAUCGUUCGAGACCAGUAUCCGAUAUCUCUACCUUGGCGACAUAGGAGCUGGCCUUGGCGAUGGUGAAGAGGAACAGGCAAUCUUGAAGGGGAUCGACAAGAUUAGCCGACAGCUGGAGGUUCCACAGUUAUUCGACAACAUCCUGUCAGCCGGCGAUAGAAGGCUGGCUCGGCAGAAGCGAACGGACGAACUCGAGCGAGGCCGAGAUCAGAUUUCGAAAUGGUUCGAACAAAACAUCCUCAAAUACAAAGUCCACGUCGAUACUGCUCAAGCUGGGAACGUCAAAUGGGAUCGCAGCAAUGCCAUUUUUGCGGACAUUUUGUUGCAAGCCGACGAAGAUGAUCCAGCGAUUGAGCCAGAGCCAGAAGGAAAGCCCGCCGUCCGACAGACGGAUGGUCCACUGAAUGGCAUCCCUAUCGGCAUGUUUGGUUCACGUUCAAGGUCGGUCUCUCGAGGUCCUAAAGCAAGACGUUCGGUGCUGUUUCCCUGCCAUCGAGCUAUGCUGUUGCGAUCGGAGGUCUUCGCCACCAUGUUUGCCUCACCAUUCAGGGAAGGACAAGACAGUUCCCACUUGCAGAUAGUCCCAGUAGAUUGCGCACCGGAUGUUCUCGAGAUCAUAUUAACCUUCCUCUACACCGAGAAAGCCGACUUCCCACUGCAUGUCGCGCUCGACGUCCUCACGGCGUCAGAUAUGCUGUUCAUCGAUAAAUUGAAACAGCGAGCAGCUUUACUCAUCAGUACUUUAGGCAAUGGCGGCGCCAGCGUGGUAGAGGCGGAGAACCCACGAGGCGAGACUGAACAUGAGGAUAUCAUCGACAUUUAUGACGUGAUCCGAGCGGGAUGGGACACUCGUGUCCACCGUCUGGAAACAUUUGGAGCUAGAUUUAUUGCCUAUAGACUGGAGCGAUACGUUGACGAGCCAGAAUUUAAGUCGCUCGUCCGGGAUUCGGCCGCUCGGAUCAAAGCGCGACAGGAGACAGAUACGGUUGAACUGGUGGAUGACAUUCGAUAUUACCUCAGUGAAAGAUUCCGCUUGCGAUUUGAGGAUGCCGGCUUGGACGACAUGAUGGGGGACUCUGCUCAGACAUCACAAGAAAACGACAUUGAUGCGGUGGAUGAUGAUCUCUCGGAUCCUGAUGCGGCCCAGAAGUCCGGCCGAUCUUCAGACCGUCCUGCAGCGACAGCUGACAUUCCCUUAGGCUUGGAGCAGGGCGUGGUACGGACCUUGGAUGGCCAGAUUGCCGGCGACGAGUUCGCGCAGGACGCGCUGAAUUAUCAAAUUCUUUUGGGCAAGAUAGAGACGCUGAUGGACUCUCUCGGAAUUGAUGGAUAG